ACGCUGUCUUUUUCUCCUGAGAUCCCGGAGCGUCGGCGUCGCGUGCUGCUGUCUCCCGCGCCGCCGCAUUGGCCUGCUCCGGCGAUGGCGAGGGGCUCCACCUCCAUGGAGGUCCGCCGCGACGGCGUCGCCGUCAUCACCGUCUCCAACCCGCCCGUCAACGCGCUCUCCCUCGACGUCAUAGCCAGCUUGCAGAGAGAUUACGAGGAAGCUCUAAGGAGGAGUGAUGUCAAGGCAAUUGUUCUCACUGGCGCCAAAGGGAGGUUUUGUGGAGGCUUUGAUAUAAACGCAUUCGACAAAAAGCCAAAAAAUGAGAAGCCUGGAUUGCUAUCUAUUGAUUUUUUAACCGACGUAGUAGAAGAUGCCCAGAAACCAUCGGUGGCUGCUAUAGAUGGCAUUGCUCUAGGUGGCGGCUUAGAGGUUGCCAUGAUUUGCCAUGCUCGUAUUUCUACAUCUUCGGCUCAAUUAGGAUUACCUGAACUUCAACUGGGCAUCAUUCCUGGACUGGGAGGAACACAGCGACUGCCCCGCCUUGUCGGCCUGUCAAAAGCUCUUGAGAUGAUGUUGUUAUCUAAGCCUGUAAAAGGAGUGGAGGCACACAGAUUUGGUUUAGUUGAUGCUGUAGUUUCAGCUAAUGAGUUGAUCAGCACGGCCUGUUCCUGGGCUCUAGAAAUUGUUGAAGGCAAACGACCAUGGUUCAGGAGUCUCCAUAGAACCGAUAGGUUUCCAGCUCUUGAGGAAAUGAAGAAUAUUCUGAAUUUUGCAAGAGUUCAGGCCCAAAAGAAAUCUGCUAAUAUUCAACAUCCCUUAGUUUGCAUUGAUGUUAUUGAAGAGGGCAUUGUUUCUGGCCCUCGAGCUGGCCUCAUGAAGGAAACACUUUGUGGAAAAAUGCUUGAGAUGUCUCAAACAAGCAAAAGCUUAAGGCAUGUCUUUUUUGCGCAACGUGCAACUUCAAAGAUUUCAUAUAUCAGCAACUUGGGGUUGAUGCCACGGAGAAUACACAAGGUAGCUAUUGUUGGGGGAGGUCUAAUGGGAUCUGGAAUUGCAACAGCAUUGAUAUCAAACAACUUCCUGGUAAUCUUGAAAGAAGUCAACAAGCAGUUCUUAGAUGCCGGUGUUAGCAGAGUUAAAGAUAAUUUGUGGAGUUUUGUCAAAAAGGGGCAAAUGACAAAAGAAGAUUAUGAAAAGAAACUUUCUUUACUAUCUGGUGUUCUUGACUAUGAACAAUUUAGAGACGCAGAUCUGGUCAUUGAGGCAGUUAUUGAGGAUAUAUCUCUAAAGCAGAAAAUAUUUUCUGACCUUGAAAGAUACUGCCAUUCUAAUUGCAUAUUUUCCACAAAUACUUCAACAAUAGACCUUCAGUUAAUUGGCCAAAAGGCAUCUUGCCAGGAUCGAAUUGCUGGUGCACAUUUCUUCAGCCCAGCCCAUGUAAUGCCACUGUUGGAAAUAAUCCGUACUGAUCGAACUUCCUCACAAGUUAUUAUUGACUUGCUAGAUGUGGCAAAAAAGAUACGAAAAACACCAAUAGUUGUUGGGAACUGCACUGGCUUUGCUGUGAAUCGGAUGUUCUUUCCUUUCACACGGGUGGCUUGUUUGCUUGUUGAUUAUGGUCUGGAUGUCUACCAUGUAGACGAUGUGAUUACAAAGUUUGGAAUGCCAAUGGGGCCUUUUCGAUUAGCUGAUCUUGUUGGUUUUGGAGUUGCUGUGGCCUCCAGAAAGCAAUAUCUCCAAAGUUAUCCUGAGCGAUGUUAUAAGUCGGUGCUUAUUAAAAUUAUGCUCGAGGAAAACAGGACAGGUGAAUCCUCGCGCAGGGGAUUUUAUCUUUAUGAUGAUAAGAGAAAGGCUUCUCCAGAUCCUGAAAUCAAUAAGUAUGUUGAAAAAUCAAGAAGCAUGGCUAGUAUUUCACAAGAUCCUAAGCUGCUGAAAUUAACAGACGAUGACAUCGUGGAGAUGAUGUUCUUCCCCGUGGUGAAUGAGGCCUGUCGACUGCUUGAUGAGGGAGUUGCUAUGAAAGCAUCUGAUCUUGAUGUGGCAUCCAUUAUGGGGAGGGGCUUCCCUUCCUAUAGGGGUGGAGUGAUGUUCUGGGCCGAUUCACUUGGCACGAAAUAUAUUUACAACAGACUGAAUGCUUGGUCGAAGGAUUACGGGGGGAUCUUUGAACCCUGUGAAUAUUUAGCAGCGAGAGCUCGUCAGGGUUCGUCUUUGGCUGCCAUGGUUGAUGGUGCAAGGUCACGGCUCUAGAGCUCAUGUAUCCAUUCUGUGGCAUGUGCUAUUGCUAUGUGACUCCCCUUGAGGAGAGGCGUGAUGUUAUCUCCCGUUCCCCCACCCCUUGUAUGUUCGCAACUCAUAAUUAGCACAUCCGGUCCCUAACUUAUAAAUAAGUGGUAAAUCUGGGUUACUAUUUUGAAAAUAGGAAGGACCACGUAUAUGACAGCGUCUAGAGUGGUGACUGUUUAGGUUUUUCAUGGAAAAAAAAUCAAAUGACAUAAUUGUAAAUGAAAAGUAAUUUAGGAAUAAAACUUUUAUAUACGUGGAGCAUGAUUAUCGUGGUUUUGGAUGGUUUCUCA